AUGUGCAACAACUCCUUACCCCAUAGUUGGCUGGCCACCACUGACGUGGAAGGGGAGUGGCGCACACGUGCCCCCAUCGGUUCAUAG